AUGGCAGAUCCAAAUGCACAAUCAUCAGAUACAACAACAACAACAACAACCACAACAACUAGUAAUUCAACGGCAUCUACGGAUCCAACAACUACUACAAAUGAUCUCAGAAUAAGAGAUCUAGAAAAUAAUAAUAACGAUGAUCAAAAUCAAUCAACCCCCACUUUAUUUCCGGAUGUCACUCCUACCAGCGCUCGCCCAGAUCCACUCUCAACUUAUUUGUUCAAAUCCAGCCUGGCCGCUUCUAAGCUCCCGAUCUCCUCUACCAUUGUUCCAGGUCAACCUGAUAAAAAAGUCAUUAAAAAUUUAUUGCAAAAGAAUUAA